CCAAACACGCAGAGAGAAGAGAGAUAUCAGUAGAUUCUCUCUCUUCCGACAGCCAAGUGAUCUGUAAUGGAUUUGAGUAUCGCUGGCAAAUGAACAAAAAGAGAAAAAACACCAGCAACCAAACCCAAAAUUAUACGAACCAUAAACACCAAAAAAAAUAGAACGAAAGAAGGGGGAAAAACCCAAUCUUUUUCUUCUUCUUAGAGAUAUUUAGGCCGCAUCUAGAAUCUAGCCUAGUCCCAGAAGAGAAAGAGUGAGAGUAAGCUCCAAGAAUCUCAAAGAACAAGAAUUCAUUCACUCAUACAUAAUUGAAAGUACACGUUUCUAAUUUUCCUUAGGGCUUUGGGAAUUCUCCCUUUUCUCUGCUCUCAGAUCCAUGGUCGAUUCUUGACUGGGUUCUUCGUAUACGCCACGUAUUUCUUUCUUUCAUGGUUCUUGUCAGGGUUGCAGUCUAGUGGUUGCAACUUGCAAAGUUUGAUGGAUACAGACAACGACACACCUCUGUCUCUGAAUGUUGAGGCAUGUGAAAAUGGACUUCUGCAACAACUUCAGCCUGCCGGGGAAGAACUUGCCGCUCAUAAGUCCGAAGGGGUACCGAAUGGCAGUCCUAUGAUUGAAGAAGUGCAACAGAAAUUUCCAAGUUCUGUCAUUUUGAAGGAAGAUGAAGCUGUUGAAACAUCCGUUGAAGAGGUUGGGGACAAAUCAAUAGUGCCUCCUUAUAGCAAUGGCAGUGUUAGUUCUAAGGAAUCAAAAGUUAAGAAUUCUGCAGAUCACCAGAGUGACAAACCACAGAAAGCUUCCGGAAAGCUCAAAAAUGGGAAACCUUCAAGCAGUGGAAAUUCAGUGAUUUCUGGGGCAAAGAAGGACAAAGACGGAAAGCCAAAAGGAACCAUGCCCUCCAAAUCACUGCCGAAAGAACCUACUGCCCUUGGUGCAAAGGGUAGUUCAGUUAAUGAGAGGAAAGCUUCUGAGAGAAAUACAAAGCUUGUUCCUUCUCUAAAGUCUAAUCAUUCUAAGCAGACUGAUAAAGUAUCUUCCCCGAGUGGUCCACAGUCCGAAAGCCUAAAGGAAAAAACUAAAGUGAAGCUUCCACUGAAGAAAGACACUCCAAAUAAAGUUGAAUCAACGGCCAAAUCCAUUGCAAGUCCUACAUCGGAAGAUGCCAAGUCGCGCAGAGCUAAUGCACUUCCAAGCUAUGGUUUCAGUUUCAAGUGUAAUGAAAGGGCUGAAAAAAGGAAAGAGUUUUACUCAAAACUCGAGGAAAAGAUCCAUGCAAAGGAAAUGGAGCAGAAUAAUAUACAAGCAAAAACUAAGGAAUCACAAGAAGCUGAGAUCAAAAUGUUUAGAAAGUCCUUAACAUUCAAAGCAACUCCAAUGCCGACCUUCUAUCAGGAACCUCCACCUCCAAAGGUGGAGCUGAAAAAGAUUCCUCCAACGAGAGCAAAAUCUCCCAAGCUUGGCAGGAAGAAGGUGUCUUCUAAUAGGUUGAGCUUAGACCAAAAAGUGUCCUUCGAGGAUACCCCUCCUUCGAAGGACCUCUCCCUUGCCAGUGCUAAUAAAAGGACUCAACGGAAGUCCCUUCCCAAGUUGCCAUCUCAGAGUACCAAUUUAUCGUCCCGCGAAACCAAGAAACCUUCCCAUUCUAAAGCUGUCUCUUCUAAGGAGACUGAAAAUGUUCCUUCUCUUCCAGACAACUCUAUUGCAGAAGACUCUGCAGCAUCUAAUACAAAAGAGGAGGAGACAGUUGUUGAGCCAGAGGUGAAUGAUGAGCCAAGUUUUGAUGAAGGGCAGGAAUCUAUUGCCGUGGACCAUUAAAACCAAGAACGGAGGGGCGCAUUUGGAAAUUACUCUUUGGGAAUGAACUGGUGAAGCUACAUUGCAAAAUACUACAAAUAAGGUAUGGGGGUGUUUUGGUCAUAGAAGAAGAUUUGGUUGUCUCUAAGGUGGAUUUUCUUUUGUCAUAGUAUUGGCACUUGAAGAAAUUUGUGUGCAGAUUGCAAACUUGUAAGGUCACUUCUCAUUAUUGUUAUUAUUAUUAUUUUUUUUUUGGCAAUUUAUGGGUCUUAGUUUUUAUGGUUAAGAUUGUAUUCCUAGAGUAAAAGAUUUUUUUUUUUUUGGAAUUUUGCCCUUGAAAUAU